AUUAUAAAAUAAUUACAGUUGCUUAUAAAAGUGAAACGAUUUCAAAAUUCAACAAUAAUCAACAAUAAUAUUGAUGAUAGUGCCCUUAUUUUUAAAAUUACUUGGGUUAUAGGGAUAUUGCACAUUAAUUUGAAAAAAGAAAAUCUAUUAAAUAAUUAAUUGUUCUUUUGUUUCACAAUGCUGCAUCUGCACUUUCUGUAAGAUAAUUUUGUGAGUAUUUGUGUUUAUUCAUUUAAAUGGAACAGGAGCAUUUCUAUGAUGGGGAAAAGGGCACUGGAUAUUUAGCAUGGCGCCUCAAAACCAUUUCCAGGACUUCAGGAAAACGGCCAGUCAAGGAAGCCUCAGUGCAUCAAGCACAAGGACCAAAGCGCCGAAGAUCAGCAAACACACUGCCUCAGCAGCUUGAUGGAGAUGCCUGCAGGGAGGCCAUUUCAUUUCUUGUUCACUCUCCUGAUGAAGCAAGUGUAUUUCAGAAGAUGAAGAUGACAUUUCAACACCGUCAGGACCUAGUGCAUGACCCACAAAGAAGCACAGAUGUCUUCAAAACAUUUCCACGUUUUUUAGAUGUCAAAGGACUGGUGAAUCAAGACUUCCUGCUGCUGUUUGGUGCUGAAACAGCCUCCAAGAUGCUUGAGAAGUGGGACACCUCAUUCAAGCCCAAGGUCAUCAAAGAGGCCAAAAAACUGACUCAGACAACUGAGCUGUGCCGACUUCUAAAAUCUGCUGAGAAACUCGCAGAGAACUAUGAAACGGACUGGGACAGUGACAUCGCUUCUUUGCUGCUUCUUCUCUAUCUCUUGCCACCCACAGCUGGACGGAAGAGGACCAAAAUAAGUCCAAGUGAUGCAGUGGACAAAAUGGUGCACUUUCAUAAGUCAUGCUGCAGCAUCACUGAAUAUGUGCAGGAAAGAGAGGGUAAACAACCAUACAUCCUUGCAGUUGGCCGAACCCAGAAGACGAUUGAUACCUUCUACAUCGCCGUUGACAAACAGCUCAUCCUCUGCCAAGCCACCAACUCAUUGGGUGCUUUUGAUGAACUGUUUAAAUCCCACUAUGUGUUCAACAUGUCUUAUGAUGAGUCCCUGGUCCAUUUCUACACUUUUCUGCAGACAACUGUCUACAACAUUGAUGUUACCACAACAGAUGAGUCUCCAAGAGUUCGUGAGUUGCGGGCAAAACUUUUGAAUGACAUAUGAAUAUGUUCAAAUGUUUCAUUUGUCAAGCAGUGCAUGCUACCAGCCAGGGCCUAAUAACUCAUUUGCGAA